AACAGUGCAGUCUCUCUCUCUCCUUCUCUCACACAUCUCUUUUACUCGCUCUCUCUCUCUCUCUCUCCCUCUCCCGUCUCUGGAGCAGACAGUCAGUGGAGCAUCGGAACGGCAUCAGAGCGGCACAGGACUGACGGAGGAGGACGAAGUCGACAAAUGCUGACAGAAAACAAUUAAGAACAUUUACGGCAGAACAUCAAUUGUAAUACAGUUGAAAGCAGAGCAGAAGCAACAGAUUGCCCUCACUUGCAAUUGCUGCUACAACUGAUGUUCUGGGCUUGGAAAUGAAGCAGACUGGGAACAGCUCCUGGCAUCUCGUGGUCAGUUUCUCUGUCUGAAAGAAAUGCUUUCGCUCUGUACAAAGAGGAAGGAAUUAACAGUGCUGAGCGACAGGAACCAAAAGCUUUGAUUCAGUCGUAAAGCAACACGUUGCUGGGCGUCAGCAUCACCUCCACCAUCAGUGUCUCCUCACAUCCACAUCUUCCUUUCUACACCGGGAUCUAAAGAAGAAAUUCGAGCUUUGAAUGCAUAAACAGGAGGAUGUUAGACUGGCAUGCAGAGUGCAGAGUUUAGGGAGUUUUGCUGUGAAUCAAAGAGCAAGAUCACGUUUUAACAGUGCAGGUGAGAUCGGGUGCCGUCAGUAGUUCCACCUGACUCUCAUUUUGACUUCUGACGACAUGAGAGACAUGUAAAGGACAAUGCACAUGAGGAUCAACAAACCAGAAGCCAAUAACUAGAGGAGAGAUGACAGGAAAAGAGAGACCUAACCCUGGAGCACACGGUCACAGAUAGAUCCAUAAUUAUUUUUUGAAACUAUUUACCUGAUCAAAAGUGAGCAACCGUGACGUAUAUCUUUCCACAUUUCAGAUUUCUAUGAUGUUUUUGCACCAGGGGACAUUAAUUUCACAUAUAGAGAAAGACGAACAGCAAAAACUUUCUUUCAUGUCAACUUGUGCCACCAGUCAGUGCAAGUAACUUUCUGCACCGAUUCAAGUCGGUGUGAGUGCCUUGGGGCUGUCAUUUGACUGUUCUUUUUGGAGUGAAGUGGAUCUGCCGUGGGGGGCAGCUGACAACCAUCCAAGACGCCGCGAGCCGUACUCCGCGUGAAAAAUGCCCAGCCGCGCUUGGCCAAGCCGGCCGACCCGGGCCCGACGACGGGCCUCUACAUGGAGAGGUCGCAGAGUCGCAUCAGCCUGUCAGCGUCCUUUGAGGCCCUUGCUAUCUACUUCCCCUGCAUGAACUCCUUUGAUGAGGAUGAUGGAGUGGAUACAGAUGGCAGGAAGUUGAAGGGAGCUAUCCAGAGGAGCACAGAGACGGGGCUGGCUGUGGAGAUGCCCAGUCGAACUGUUCGCCAGGCUAGCCACGAGUCCAUAGAAGACAGCAUGAACAGCUAUGGCUCCGAAGGGAAUCUUAACUACAGUGGCAUGUGCCUGGCAUCCGAUGCUCAGUUCAGUGACUUCCUGGAUGGGAUGGGACCAGCCCAGUUUGUUGGGCGACAGACACUGGCGACAACAUCCAUGGGUGAUGUAGAGAUUGGACUGAUGGAGCGGAAUGGGGGACUGGAGGUGGAGGUCGUCCAGGCCAGAGGCCUCACCAUGAAACCAGGUUCAAAGGGACCUCCAGCGGCCUACAUUAAAGUUUAUCUUCUGGAGAAUGGAAUCUGUGUGGCCAAGAAGAAGACGAAGUCAGUGAGAAAAUCUCUGGAUCCUCUCUACAACCAGGUUCUGGUCUUCUCUGAGAGUCCACAGGGGAAAGUGGUCCAGGUUAUUGUUUGGGGCAACUAUGGACGGAUGGACCGCAAAUGCUUCAUGGGUGUAGCUCGAAUCCUACUGGAGGAGCUGGACCUCAGCACAAUGGUUAUCGGCUGGUACAAGCUUUUCCCUACCUCCUCCAUGGUGGAUCCAACAAUGGCACCACUCAUCCGCCAUUCAUCCCAGAUGUCAUUGGAGAGCACCAUUGGGCCCUGUUGUGAGCGAUCAUAAGACUCACGCAGAAAUGUAUAGUUUUGAUGUUGCGGCUAAGUUUUCAUUGCUUCAACCAAGUACAGAGAUUUUGUAAACCCUGCAUUGCUGCACCUGGGUCAGCCAGGCAGUGCUGUCCCUGGAGCAGGUAGAUGUAAAGUAUCUCACUCAAGGCUACUUUGACAGGCCCAGCUACACUGGGGAAUGAAUCACUUCCCUAAUUUGGAAAUCAAUUUACAAACCAGUUGGUCAUGCUGGUUCUCAUUGGAAAUGUGUUAUAAUUCUUUGAUAUUGUAUCAGACUAUUUCCCGAGACUCAUGGGAAGUACAUUUCUUUUGUUGUUGCAACCGACCGCCCCUCAGACUUGAAGGAAUUUUUUUUUCUCUUCAGAGCUCUAUAAAGAAAAAACAAAAACCUUCUUAAUGAGGAUACUUCAAAGAAGGGUUUGGUUGCCGACAUUGAUUACAUCCUAUUGGGACCACGAUAGACUCCAGGCUCAGCUUCGCUUCAGCUACAGCCCUUCUUUACAGCCUACAUUCAAUUCCCCAUUCCAGGACUGCUUGUUGUCUUUCUGUGUCUUCAUUAAGGGGCUGGGCAGCUUCUGAGUGUUAUUGUCUACCCACGAGUCCUAGGAGAAAGUGAGACUGUCCUCAAAUUGUUUGACAAACCACCAUCUCAUUUUGAGGGAGCAUUGAUGGCGAAUGAAUGUGUGCAUAGCAACUUGAGAGGCUUUCAAAGAAUAUAUAAAGUUAAGUGUUGUAACUGACCAAGACAUUACCUGGUUUUUAGCACUUGACCUGUAUUACAUUUCUUGUGUCACACGUUUGGCCCAUCAUUGUUCACUUUAUUUGGUAAAAUGUAGAGAAUCUGAGAGGUAGAAAUAUGAAUGAAACCCCCAUCAUCUACUGGAAGGAUGAAGAUUUGGACCUGAUUUUGUGGGUCAGGGCUAGUCCUGGCUUUCUCUCCUGUUAACUACAUUUACCUGGAAUACAAGGUAUAAAGUGGUCAAAGAGUGAAUUUAUAUGGCUUAGAAGAAGAACUACCACAUUAUGAGUUCUAAAAAACCGUGUCUCAUUAUAACCCCAAAGCAUGUACACUUUUUAAAUUGCAAUGAAUCUUGGUAUUAGCUGAUUUUGCAGAUUGUUUUGCCACCAUUUUUGGAAGGUGCUUUUCAAUCACAUCAGUUACUGUUGUGUUUGGAAUCAAGCACAUAAAAACAUGUAUCCUUUGGGUUUAAAAAAAAAAUAGCUGGGUGUUUCUUGAAUCAACAGCACACCAAUUAUGUUCAAUUAGAGAUUUCCAGAGUAUGGCACCAGAUGUAAUCAAAGUCCACCAACCUGAAUCACUUCAGGCGGUGUGAUAUGUGAAAACAUUUGACUCCUUCCUCUUGAAUAUCUUUAUGAAAAUGCUAGUUUGAUAAUUUCACAACCACACUAAAUUGGAUUUUAUGCAUGCAUUAUAUCGUAUUAGAUUAGAAUUAGUAUUCAAACCAAAUAACCAUAAAUGCAUGAGCUUAGCAUGAUUAAAUUAUGUUAACCUUUAUGAGGACACCAUCUACAUACACCUGGCAGGAAACAACCAGGGUUUAAUGGGCUCAUGUUGAAGGUGUUUUACUCUUAUUUAGUUUAAUAUAGUUUUCACAUUCCACAUUCACAUGGAAUACAGGAGGUAGUUUUGUAUCUGAGCUGUAGCACUGACAAACAACAAGCUAAUGCAAUAGCAAUCUGACGUCACUGACUUAACACAUUGCUGUACAUCCCAGUUUAAGCGUAGUUUCUUUUUAGCUAAUACUGUAGAAAUAGAUUCCUCCCCGCUAUUUUUAAAGCAUUGGCUAACAGUUGUCUAAUAACAGUUUAUACUGUGCCAAUUUUUACCAGCAAGUGUCUUCUUCUUCCUUUUCUUCAAUUACCUUGCGGCAUGUGCCAUUAUGAGGGAGGCACAAAAACAACCACUUAUAACAUCUGACAGCAACAUUCAGGCUGUGCAGAGAAUCACCCCCUUUAUUCUAAAUUACAGUCCUAAUCCACAGAACGUCAAGGCACCUGGUGAUUAGCCAUGCUACCACUCAGUACAGAGGAAAAAAGGAAAGAGAGGAAGGAAGCAUGAAAUGUACUUUGCAUCAUCCAAACAAAGGAUCUGUGUGGACUGACGUCAGGUUUUGUGGACUUCAGAAAAGGACACAAAAAUAGGUGGAAUUAAAGGGAACACAAUGUGCACACUGUAGAGAAAUUCAUAGUUUAUUGAAACGCAAAAGCAUAUGUAUUUCAUUUGGGCACUUUAUGAUUCUUAAUGUCUUUUUAUGUGUAAAUAUUGUUAGUGUCUUCUGGAGUGAGCCAAAGUUAACUUAUAAUGGCUGAGGUGGUUAAUGUCAAAGCUCUGAAGGAGGGAAGUGAUAUCCUUGUUAGUUACUGUAAGAUUGUAGCAUUAGCUGGUAGCAUUCGCAUGACUAAUUUAAACUUCUAAUUAACAAACAACUUGAUAAGACUAAGCAUGAGUUAUAUGCUACACAGCAGGAAGACUAGUAAAUACAGUACAUUGGGUUAAGACCCAACGAUAGUGGGGGUCAAAAUAUGUAGCAAAUGUAUUUAGAUAAUGAUGAAGGUGACUAAUUGUUUUUUUUUUUUCUAAAUUAAUAAAACAUUCUAAUAAGAAGAUUUUAAGCCAGUUUAUUUCAUUAAUUAAUUUAUUGGGUUUUCUUUUUACUUUAAAUGAAAAUUUCAGAACCAAAUUUUUAUUAAAUGUGCUAUUAAUUUAAUCAAAUCACCUAAUUUGGAGCAAUUUUACUCUAAAAAGGGGGCCUCUAAAAUUGCCUCUCUUUUGCCAGUAGCAGUGUUGCAGGGAUAUUAAUGCUGUAUUUAGUUCCAAACUGUUUAACAAAAUUCUGUAAAGCAAUAAUCAGAAAGCAUCCACUCACUGUAUUUGUCUGUUACUUGACAGAAAAAUGACAUGAGUAAGUAGUGAUUUUCGCUGUGGUAAGAUUCAUCAUUGAAAACAAAACAAUUGAAAUCAUCAUGAGGCAUAAAGGGAAUUUUUUUUUAAAUGUGCAAUUCCAAACUUUUACUUUGAAAAAAAUGUCUUAACGUGUCCAUUUGUCGCAUGCACAGACAAAUGACACUGAAUGCAGAAACUGAAAAUCACUUCCAGAAAAAUGUCAUUUUAUUUUUUUCAAUGUUUUUUCAACAAAACUGUCAUGUAGUGUCUUAUAUCUGUAAAAAGUGUUAGAACUCUGUAUGUACCAUACAUACAUAUAUACAAAUAUAUAAAAUUAAUAUAUAAUUAGAUAUAAAAUAAUGAACUCCCCUUACUUUCACUCAAGGAAUGUGUUUGUAUUAGUGCUUUUUGUGCCAAAACAGAGAUUAGAUUAGAUUAGAUAUUUGAUGGGUAAUGGGUUGUUUUCCCAGUUUUGAUUCAAUGAAAGCGAGUUUUACAAAACUGGGAUUCAGUUGUUCACCAAGCCAUAAGCAGGAUACAUGCAUCCAAAUGAUCUAGAUUUAUCUAAUGGCAGCCAGGAGUGAUGUAAAAAAACAUCACUGAAGUUUCCCACCUCUCUAUCUCUAACCUGCAGCCGCUCCCUGUGCAACAUAAGGGAACAGAUGUUUAUAAAGCAUUUAUCAAAGAGACAAUUGUUAACUGUACCAUAUUAAACUUUAAACAAGUUUCCCAACAUUUCCUCUCUCCAGUGGAGAAACAUGACAGCAGUAGUGUGCGAUGCAUGCAGGAAAUGAUGGGGUUUUUAUGAUGUCUACAGAUGCAGUCAUUUGUGUGAAUUUGGGGUAUGAUUUAUUAUUCAAAUAAUAUCAAUAAUAAUAAUAGUAAUAAUAAUAAUUCUGUAAGUGUCUGAGAGAGACAGUUUAUAUGCCACCCUUCUUACCAGGAUUAAGAGUAACUGUUUGUUAAUAAUCAUUGUGUAAAUUUUCUCAUGCAAUGCUUCGUGUUCAUCACUUUGAGUUAGUCUGUGACACUGUGUAACUUUGAAGGCAAAUGAUUGACCUGAUGAAGUCUGUUAAUGUUAUUGUUGACAUGUUCAGGACCAAAAAUGUAUGUUUUUGCAUUCCUCCAUGUUUUGAUUGUGUCUGCCACUUGGAUGUUAAUUGUGUACUUCUAUCAAUUGUAAUGUAAGUAGAGGCCUUAAAUACACAAUACACAUUUUUGCCAGGGCUAAGGAAUGAGAAUUGGCACACUAAGUGAUCAAUGCAGCGCAAAAAAAGAGAGAAAAAAACAUUUCAAUCCAUUAUUUAAAACAACUUUAGUGUCAUCUAUGGAAAUAGAAAUCUUUGCAUAUGUUCUUAAUGAAUUUCUGAUAUACUGAACAAAUGAAUAAAUUGAGCAAAAAACUAAUAAUAAUAAAACAAUAAAAACAUAUUUUACAGGAUAGAUUCAAACAUUUUGACCCAUUUCUUAUCAAAACAUAUUCUCUAAACUUAAAAUUAUGCUGUUGUUUAUCUGUUGAUGUUUGGAUGCACCUCGUUUUACUUUUAUGUUUCAAAUGAGGUGUUUAAACAAAACAAAAAGCCCCCACUAAUCCUGUCUUGCCGAGGUCCUUUUACACUGUUAAGGUUGUAAUUCUGCAAAACCAGACCUUACUUUUUAUACGUUAGCGGUACUUAAUUGUAUACAUGGUGCCAUUUGGGACCAAUGCCCAAGAAAUAAAAAACUGUAGGGGAACAAUUUUGUUACACAUAUUAAGCUGCUUGUGUGUUUUUGCUCAUAUUUUUCAGGGUGUAAUUUUUACGUACCUGCUCCUUUGGCUGCGGCUGGCUUUUACACAUUAUAAACUGCCAUUCACCUGGUUAUAGCAAACAGUAGUAUAUUAAGAUGAGAUAUGUGCUCCUUCGGUCUUUAUUUAUAUUAACUUUAAAAAUAAAUCAAUCAAGAGCAGAUAUGUUGAGACAGUUGAAAACAAAUUCUUAAAAAAAAAAGAAUAUUAUGCUUCCUCGCAGGCCAGACUUUCUGCUGCUAAGCAGCUGAUAAGAUUAGUGAUGAUAUAAUGUACAAGCACAGCUUGUGGCACUGAAUUUUAAGUACAUUCAAUAAUACAAUUCAUUUGGGGAUAUUUUGGACUGUCAGAAAAAUGCAUACUUUCUAAAGACUCAGCACAGAAUGCUAGUCUGGUGUGGUUAAGUGUGCCGUGUCAGCGAUAAAUGACCACUAUGCCAAAAGUCUUUUAGGCCAACACCAAGUUGUAGUGAUAAAAAGUAUAUGCCUAGGGUUUAUGACCUCAGGGGAAUCCUCCAAAAUUUUGAGGUAAACAAAACAUCCUGAAUAAUGACAAAUAUCUCUUACUUAAAUUGUAAAUUAAAAUAGGCCAAAAGAUAAUUAAUGCUUUGCCCCAUUUUGACAGAGAUUAUGUAGUUUUCGUGUUUAAAUGUCAGCAAAUAGCUUCAAUAUGUGUAAACUGGAGAACUACUUUUUCAUGUAGUAGUCAAUAAAACACUGAGCUAACCUUGGUGUACAAUGGGUUAAGUCUGUGUCUGUUUUUGCAGAUCAACCUAAAAGUGAAACUGGAAAGAUUUACCUUUGAAGAAGAAGAAGAAGAAAAGAAAAAAAAAUUCUGUUAUCUGCUAAAAUCAGCCAUAUCUUUCCCCUCUGAAGUACAUGAGAUUUUACUCAUUAGAAAGCAAGCAAGCACUCCUUGAAUCGUUUUCUUUAGCGUGACAGUGUGUAUGUUUCUCGACAUAUCAAAUUAUGUUCUCUCACAGGGAAGAGGUGGAUGAGUGGGUGGAUGAAAGGGAAGAGGCUGCUCCUCUGUGGCUAUUAUGAAACAGUGGCUGGUGGAUCCCAAAAGCAGCACAUCUCCUCCAGUCUGCUGUGCUGCAGAGACAGCGAUCCACAAGCUUUAUUUUUUUCCUUCUUAGAGCCCCCAACUGCCUCACAGCCCAAAACUAACCCUCAUAAAUGUUUUCCCUCACACACCAUCUGGUAGAUUAUCGCGUUCAAAGCAUUUCAUAUUACCAUGACUUAAUACAUUACACAGUUGGGUGAACCAAGUGAGAAUCAAAGUGCCAUGAGAAAUCAUAACUUCGUUUUUUUUCUUUUCUUUUUUUUGUUCUGUUUUGUUGUUGCCGUUUUUAUUUUAUGACUGUUUGAUGUAGAUUUAGUGCUCAUCUUUCUAGAUUAUAUCUCAGUCAUUCAGUUCUACACAAGUCUUAACUCACUGUUUUGCAAACAUGUUUUUUUAUUUCCUCAGUGAUACAAAGCCAUCAUAUUAAAAAAUUCACAGCCUUAAAUUCUAUUCUUUAAAUCAUGUGGUGAUUUCUUCUAAAGGCAUAUGAGAAUUGUCCAAACCAUACAUAUUCCCAAGACCCCUAACAUAAUAAGGGAAGGCGAUGUUUUGGUUUUAAGAUGCGUCGUAUAAGACAGUUUUACAGGCCUUCUUAUGUUUUCAGGGACAUUUAAUAUGGGCAACGUCUGGAAGCAAUGUUACUGGAAAAGUUUUCCUUAGUGAUGAGCAUUUAUCCAGGGAAAAAAUUGUUUUUGUCAGCUACACUUUCAUUAGAUAAAUAAAACUAUCCUUUUUCUUUCUUCAUUGUCUUUAUUGUUGCACUUGCAAUUUUUGCUACUAGAACAUUAACAGCAGUAACAGUAAGGUAUUUUACCAGGUAUCUGUUUAAACGCCAUAUUUUAAGAAUUGUCAAUCCUUUUAAAUAUUUGAAAUACUGAUUUGUAGGUAUAUUGCAUUUUUUUUAGAUUUACUUUAUUCCAGUAGAAUAGCAUUAACAAUCGUUAGCAUUAAAGUACAAAAAAGCUGCAAAAGUCCAUAUGCAUUGCUUUCCAUUUGUUGCUCAUGUUUUACUGACUUGAAGUCCUGAAUGUUAUCAGAAGAGUGACAAAAUGUUGUAACUUUAGUUUUAGUCACUGCGCUGUCAUUUAAAACACAUAUAUUUGCAGAUUCUUUGGGAAACUGUUAUAUUGUUGAGUAAAUGCACAAUUUGGUGUAUUGUUAUUCUAU